AUGUCGAAGGUCAUUCGGAGCGUCAAGAAUGUCACCAAGGGCUACUCUAGCGUCCAGGUCAAGGUGCGCGAAGCGACGAGCAAUGACCCAUGGGGCCCGACGGGGACUCAGAUGAGCGAGAUCGCCCAGUUGACGUACAAUUCUUCUACCGAAUUCUAUGAGAUCAUGGACAUGAUCGACAAGCGACUUAACGACAAGGGCAAGAACUGGCGACACGUCUUGAAGGCCUUGAAGGUUAUGGACUACUGCCUCCACGAGGGGUCGGAGCUGGUUGUAACGUGGGCCAAGCAGAACAUCUUCAUCAUCAAGACUCUCCGCGAAUUCCAGUACAUUGACGAGGAAGGCAAAGAUGUUGGACAGAAUGGUGGGCACAGCACUAACAUUCUGACCACAGUUCGUGUUGCCGCCAAGGAGCUCACGGCGCUGGUGCUGGACGAGGAGAGGCUGAGAGCGGAGCGCAGCGACAGGAAGACCUGGAAAUCCCGUGUUACAGGCCUAGAGGAAUACGCCCCUACGUCCCCCGAGCCGCCACGCCGACAGCGGACUCGCCAGUUCACCGAAGAGGACGACACCGAGUACAGGCUAGCCAUCGAGGCAAGUAAGGCGCAAGAGGAAGAGGACAGGAGAAAGCGCAUGAGCCGGGCGGGCGAAGAGGAUGACGACGAUCUCGCCAAAGCCAUCAAGCUCAGCAAAGAGGAAGAGGAGCGACGUCGACGAGAGCUUGAGGAGAGCAAUGUCUCAUCUUUGUUCGAUGAUGAGCCAGCGCAGAGUUCUCAGCCUCAGCCCAGGUUCAACCAGGGCUAUGAGCAGGGCAGUGCUGUAGAUUUCUUUGCGAACCCGAUCGACCAGAGCCAGAUGCCUCUUCAGCAGACCGGUUAUAUGCCCAACGCGUACACGGGAUAUCCGACACAGCAGACUGGAUACCCGGCCCAGCAGACCGGAUACCAGGAUGCCUUUUCGAACGGAUUCGGCGCGCAGCCGAUAGCUUUCGAUCCCUACGGCCAACAGCAGGUGCCCCAGCAGGCGUUCCAGCAACCUCAGCCGACGGGAUAUAAUCCUUAUGCUCAGCAGCCACAGCAGCAGUUUCAACCCCAGCAAUUCCAACCGCAGGUUCAGGAGGCGUUGUUGAACCCUGGUAGCAACAACCCUUGGGCCGGCAACAGCGCGCAGUCAGGCAUCAAGCCGAUGCCGACUGGCUCUAACAACCCCUUUGCGCCGCAGCAGCCGCAGCAGCAGCAGGCGUUCAGCAGACCCCAGGCAUUCAAAGCGCCGUCGAUGCCAUCUCUUGGCACCCUUCCAGAACAGAAGACACUCUCUUCCUUCUCGCAGAUCCCCACCUACAACCAGCCCCAGCCUACUCUUCAGUCUCAGCCACAACGAGAAACAAACGAACACGAGGCUAGACUGAACGCUCUCCUUUCUAGCGGCGAGGGCAUGGACACGUUCGGAAACACUGGAAACCUCCGUAUCCCGGCGCAGCACACGGCUCCUGGCACCUUCGUCAACAGCGCUGGUGCUGGCCUGAGUAGGCUUACGGCCGAUGCCACAGGCAACAACCCCUUUCUAAGACAGCAGUUCACAGGGUUGCCCAACGUAUCGUAUGGAGGCCAGCAGAUGCCCGCUGCGACAAGUCCGGCGGGAAUGAACGGGUACGGGACGCAUGCAACGAACAACCCCUUUGCCGGGCGGCAACAGCAACAGACGGGCCAGGGCGACUUGAUUCAGUUUUAG